AAGUGAGAAACGCUGCUAAAAGGCCAUGCUGCCACAAAACCAGAUCCCGGCGUGCACUUCGUUCACUCACUUCUCCACUCUUUCUCUUCAGACCGAGCAACGAGGUCUCGUUUAACUAAUUAAUUUAAUUUCUGUUAAAUAAAAUGGUUCAAAAGAAGGGGAAGAAGAAGGUGGUCGGGAAAAAGGUGGCAGCCCCACCCCCACUCGCCGCCAAGAAACAGGAGUCUAAAAAGAAGCAGAAUCCUCUUUUUGAGAAGCGACCCCGCAACUUUGGAGUUGGACAGGACAUCCAACCGACCCGUGACCUGAGUCGAUUCGUCAAAUGGCCGAGGUACAUCCGUGUCCAAAGACAGCGAAAGGUGCUGCAGGAGCGACUCAAGAUCCCACCUCCAAUCAACCAAUUUAACCAUACCUUGGACAGGCAGACAGCCAAACAGUUGUUCCGCGUGCUUGACAAGUAUCGCCCAGAGUCUCGAGCUGCUCGUAAAGCUCGUUUGAGGGCCAGGGCUCAGGACAAGGCCAAGGGAAAGACGGAUACUCCUAGCAAGCGAACCACGGCGCUGAAGCAGGGAGCCAACUCUGUAGUUCGUGCCAUCGAACAGAAAAAAGCGCAAUUGGUCAUCAUUGCUCACGACGUUGAUCCUCUUGAGCUCGUCCUUUUCAUCCCCACCUUGUGCAGGAAAAUGGGCAUUCCAUACUGCAUCGUUAAAGGAAAGGCUCGUUUGGGUAGAUUGGUGUACAGAAAUACUUGUACAUGCGUCGCUUUGACUUCGGUUGAGAGCGCAGAUCGCAGCCAAUUCACCAAGGUCCUGGAAGCCAUCAAGACAAACUUCAAUGAACGCUACGAUGAAAUUCGUCGUCACUGGGGAGGUGGUGUUCUCGGUUCAAAGAGUGCAGCUCGCAUCGCCAAAAUCGAGAAAGCGAAGGUGAAGGAAGCUGCCCAAAAAGUUGGAGCGUAAUUACUACAAUUUUAUAUGGCCUUUUUGAGUCUUCUGUUAUCCAAUGUCAUACUGCGAUGGGAGAAUAAAAAAUGUCUAAACGAACCCAUAA